AUGCUCAAGACUGGUCUCAACAUCCGCAAAAAGCAAUCGGAAUCCGCUCAGAUACCACAGAAACGACCCUCUGCAUUCUGCGACGACUCGGACGAUGACGAGAAUGCGCCUGCACCGCCUAGUCGGCCGCCACGAACAACACUUGUUCCUCAAUCAUCACUACGUAAGAUAGCAGUUCUUGCUGAGGACGAUGUCGCGUAUGACUAUGAUGGCGUCUACGAUUCUAUGAAAGUGCAUGAACAAGAAGCAGCCAAGACGAAAGAGCAAGACAAGCGGGAGCGCAAGCCAAAGUACAUGCAAGACUUGUUCCACAUGGCUGAAGUGCGUAAACGCGACAGAUUGCAAGCAGAAGAUGUCAAGUUGCAACGGGAGAGGGAGCAGGAAGGGGACAUGUUUGCCGACAAGGAACAGUUCGUCACGAGCGCGUAUCGAGCGCAGCAAGAAGCAUUGCUGCAGAAAAGACGACAAGAGGAAGAGGCUGAACAAGCGUUGCGCAGACAAGCUGGUGGCUUGACCGCAUUCAGCGCGGGAGUGCUUGCCAAGGAUAGGCAGAAGCAUGAAGCAGCCGUCGAGGCGAGUCUGCAUGCUGAAAGGCGCGCCGCAUCAAAUCACGCACAAGCUUCGGAAGGUCAACGUUUCUCAGAACUGGAAAUGGCCAAGAAGGCUGAAGCUGAACUUGGCCACAAGGUGGUGGUCAAUGACAACAAUGAGAUUGUGGACCAUCGACAGCUGCUUGCAGCUGGACUGAAUCGCUCCAACAAGUCUGAUGCAGUCUCGACGCAUCAAGCAACUGAACGACAGCAUACUACUGGUUCUUCGUUGUCAAGCAAAGAGCGAGAACAGAGGCGUGCGCAGCUGGAACGACAGGAACGAGCAGUCGCAGCGCAGCUCAAGGAAGCGCGACGACAAGACAUGGAGGAGCGAUCUCGUAAAGAAGCGCUUCUACAGCAACAAGCAAAACGAACAAAGACGGAUGCCGACAUCACAUCGGCAAAGGAUCGUUAUUUGGCACGCAAAAAGGCCGAAGCAGAAGCGAAAGCAGCGGGAGCGUCUUGA